AUGGAGAUCAGCUAUCUGGACAAGCAAGAGGGAUAUGAAAAUAGUGCCCCCCAAAGAACUGGGAGGCAAGGUCGUGGUCUGGAGAGGGCAGACGGCCAUCAGGAGCACUCCACUCGACUGUUGUCACUCGAUCGAGCUUGCUCUCCUCUUCUUCCUUCUUCAUCUCGAAGUGGUGUGGCUUCCUUGGCCUUGGUGGAGCUGUGCUCGCUCGAAGCGGUUGUAAGGGGUCCAGUGGCUCUGAGGAAGUCCUGGUAG